AUGAGUGGUGUAAAAAAUUCUAAAAAGGAACAAAAUUUUAUCACAAAAUUUUAUUUAUUAUUGUAUAAUAUUUUACAAACGUUGGGCUGGAGUUAUUUGCUUUACAACAUAGUCGGUUAUUAUUUAAGUGAUAAAAAAAAUUUACCUUCUAAAGAUUUAUGGUCUAAUGUAAAAUUAGUUGUAUGCAUUUUUCAAAAUGCUGCUGCCUUGGAGAUUAUACAUGCAGCUAUCGGAAUAGUUCCAUCAAAUGUUUUAAUCACCACUUUUCAAGUUCUCUCUAGGUUAAUGGUAGUUAAUGGAGUUCUCUUAGCAACUCCGACAGGACCUCAAAGCCCUGGACUACCUUUAUGUUUAAUAGCAUGGGCAGUUACUGAAAUAAUACGUUAUUUGUUUUACACCCUUAAUUUAAUUGGCAAAAUCCCAUACAUUUUAGUAUGGUCUAGAUAUACAUUUUUUAUUAUAUUAUAUCCUCUUGGAGUUACUGGUGAACUUCUUUGCUUUUAUUGGGCUCAAGCUUAUGUUUCUGAACAUAAAAUAUUUACAGCCGAGCUACCUAACUAUUGGAAUUUUACAUUCAGUUACAAUUAUCUAUUGAUUUCUAUUAUGCUUUUGUACAUUCCGUUGUUUCCUCAAAUGUACUUACACAUGUUUUCACAAAGGAGAAAAGUUAUCGGAGGACAAAAAGUUAAAAAAAGCAAAUAA